AUUAGAUUUCGAGAAGGAAUAACGAGAAGUAAACGGGCGAGUCUUGUAACCUCAUCUGAGAACCCGUUAGAAUAUCCAAAUUCUUAGCUAAACUCUUUAAGACCGGCUUUUCAUGCAGUUUUUUGAAAUAUAUAUGUUGGCAUACUUAUGCUGUGCGUCAUUCCCCAGUGCUCAUUCCAACACCAACCUCCUCUCCCAAUUUCUUUUCAGUUUCGGAACACACGUUAUUCAGUUUUUGUUCAGCAAACGGGGAAAAUCGCAAACGGUUCAGGUUCACUAAACCCAUUGCCAACAUAAUUACGCUCACCAGCUGUUCAUCUCGGUCCCAACCCAAUAUUCCGAUUUGGGAACGAAUCACUGAAACGCUGGAAGCUGUCGAAUCACGUUAUCAAUUGGAAGAAGAUUGUUUAGUGGAGCAAGCCAAAUAGGAUUUAUUCGUGAAUGAUUUAACUUUUGACGAUAAUCUAGAUUCCCGGAAAAGGAAUAAUGGUCGACAUAGAACCAGAUAUUCUUCUUUUUCUUCUUCCUCGUCUGUCGUCUGCUCAGAAGAAACACGUUGAUCAAGGAGAAAUUAAUGAAACCGAAUACCAAUCAAAAACCUGCAAAUUAAGAUAUUUACCUGCGGGUUCCUAUAGAACUUGUUGUAGUCGUCGCUCGAGCUUCAGAGUGAACGCUUUGGCAGUUGCAUACGCUCCCAUGUCUUCGUUUCGAUCGUGUUCACCGCCUUUGUGUUUUGAAAGGGUCGGGUCACCCAGUGAAACCGCUCAGGUGACAGAUGUGGACCAGACAAAUCCAGGUCUUGAUUUCAAUCCUUGCUGGUCGUCUUCGAAUUCGCUCAAGUUUGUCCACAAUCCCGUUUCGACAAUUAACACCAAACGAGUUACGAAUAGAGAAAUUAAAAGCGUGACGUCGGCAGCACCUGCCGCCGUCGACGGAAGAAAUGGACAGACUAUGUCUAAGCUAUCAUCCGUGGUCAAACGACUCUCAACGGUGGAGUUGGAGCAAAUGAUACAAAACCAGCUAGGGAAAGUUAUCGAUGGGCAUCGAUACACCAAUUGGCUGCGCAAGCAGGUAGACGAAACUGACGUCCAGAUGGCUAAAUACAAAAACCGGAUUGAAGUACUCCAAAAACACGUGAACGAUCUGUCCGCCGUCAUCCAAAAGCAUAUGCAAAAUACAGAAGAGUCCAGCAGCACUCCACCCAUGAAGAUAACCAGGAACGUCGGACUUCAAGUUCGCAUUAAACAGAAGGACAGCGAACUGUGCAAUGAGAGCUGUCAGGUUGAACUAUUAUCGGACGACAGUGAACAAUUCACAACAACAGAGGAUCUUCCAGAAUUAUCAAUCCUACAGCAACAACAUUCAUCGCAAAAUUUGGAUAGGGACAAAUUGUGCGAUUCUAAGAAAUCGGACGUCGUUUCCAAGGAAUCAGAUCAGAAAUCAAUUGAAAUUGAUUUAACCUUAUCUGAUGGCGACGAAUCGCCGAGUAAUAAUAGAUGCGUUGUCACCGGUUAUGGGACUUCACUAUCGACUGUCGAAGCUGCCUGCCGCCACGGUUCACCAGACGAGCCAAUAGUUGGUGAUUGUAAACCUGAUAGCAUUAAAAAGCCAGACGACUUAUCAGGUUUUCCCGGUUUACCUACUCCACCUUCAUACUUUCCUCCAAUGGACAUUACAUCGAAUGGCAGCAUGAUUUCAGCUAUGAAGAUAUUUUGUCCUUCUUCAAGUAAAAUUAUUCCGUCGUUCAAACCAACGACAAUGGAAAGUGAAUCACCAAGUACGUCUGGUUAUUCGUCUGAUACUUGGCCAUCGACAGCAAAUUCUUCGGUUGGAUUUAUCGAAGCAAAUCCAUCUGAAUCUAGACCUCCGCCGUUAAUUUCUGCAUUUGGAAGUCAUUCAGCCGGCCCAUCCGGUGUCCACCCGAAGAGUCCUACUUGCGGAUCUUAUUCAAAUUUUGAACGGAAGCGUCGGUUACCCUGCAGCAUUACAUCGGUUAAUGCUUCGACCAUAGCAUCUGUGGAACAACAUAACAAAUUAAUAAAAGAACGCUGGUAUGAUUCGAGUGUCAUCACAAAAAAUCACACUAUCCCAAGUCAACAAUCAGUUGCAAUCAGUCAAUCGCCUCCAGCAACCCCUCCAGCAGCCAAGUCCAGUAGAUGUUGUGAAGUGCAAAACAUUCAGACGACUGUUGUUCAAUCCGUUGCUCAUAUGCAGCCGGUCAUUACACAGAAUCCAUGCCAAACGACUAAAUUUCACAUGCCUAUUAUUCCUAAACCAAUUCCACAGCAGGAAUUUAUUCGAAAACUUGAAUUUUCGAAAAAAAUUGAAUUUUCAAAAAGAGUCGAAUCCAUCGGCCUGUACCAUAAAUGGAAGCUUCCAACUCUUCCGUGCAAUUCCGUCAUCUCCGAGCCGACACCUCAAUCUGUUCGACCGCCUGUGAUGAAUGAAGUGAAGCAGCAACAACAGCAACAACCAGUUCAACAAUUCCCGAACAUUAGGACCUGGAUUCCACGAUCCAACUGUCUUGAUUCACCCAAGGAUGAAAAUCUGCGCUCUCCGGAAGUUCCGCCGAAUCCCGCUGGACCAUUAGUGCAACCGGUUCGGCAGCAAUCAGUAUUCCAGAGCAGCGAGAGCUACAAGACUGACUUCAAGUCAUCUGUAAUUAAUUGCAAUCCAGCGCAACUACAAUCAACAAAAUCGCAUGGGGCGACAAAGAAGAUUCUUCCAGAUCUGAUAGCCAUAUCAAAAGAUAUUGCCGCCGCCCCUUCAGUACCUGCUGCUCCAACAGUUGACGAAUGGCCGAAUCAUUUAUUCAUGAACUUCAAACCAAUUUUAAUGCUGACCAGAUGCGAAAGAGGAAUUCGAGUGCAAUGGACGAUACCAAACAUGGUGCAAAGCCAAGUUAGCCUAAUUGAAUCUUACGUUCUGUACGCUCGAAAAGAAAAAGGGCUGGUUCCAUCUUCGGAAUUUUCCUGGUUACGUGUGGCUGGGUUCUCGGCCCUUCCUUUGCCGAUGAGUUACGUUUUCAGAGAGUUAACUUCGGGCUAUCGCUAUUAUUUUCGGGUUGGUGCCGUCCUCCGGUGGCGUCCGGAUGCCAGAAAUCAAGAAAUGCCAUUCAGCGAGCCGGCUUCCAUAAUGAUGUAACGUCGGAUCCCAACAGGUGGCGAACUUUUCAUCUUCUCGCCCCUCCUUCCAACCACACAACAGCAACAAAAAAUAUUCGAGAAUAAUUUGUCACGAUUGUUCGUUUCGAAAGAAAUGAUCCCAUGCAAUACUAUGCACUAGCCGGAGGGCUAAAAGCUCCGUUGGUCGAGUGAAAGUGUCCUUGUUUUGAAAA